UUCUUGGACCCCUCGUGCGAGUCUCCAUAAAGCGGGACCGAGCGUGGGCUAAGGUCCUUGAUGGCGCGCAGUCAGGAGCUGAAGGGGCAAAGUGGAAAGGAGCAAUGAGACGAUUCAGGGUUGAUCCUUUGAGACCUAAUUGAAGUUCAGCUGUCGUGCGUAUGUACGCCACUGCCGAGCGGUUGGAGUUAUAAUAUCCAAGUCUCCCUGUGGCCACCAGCCAUCAGAUCCAUCUGGUUCAGACUCGACCCUUGGCACGUUCUCCUGAUCAAGAAUUUCUUUUUGGGUUCUCCAUGCGCUAUCCAUCAUAGCCACUCUGUAAUCAGCUGGGACUCAGUAUCGCCAUCCAAUCAAUGCCUUGACCAGUGAGAUCGGGUGCUCUUAACCCUCUUAAACGCAGCAUGUUGGUCACUGGAGCCCCAGAUGGGGGAAAAUACAUUGCCGUUUCUUACCUGUUGCGUCACAUUAUCCUCUCAUGUGUGACCAGUGUGAUGGGAUGCAUGACCACUCUUGAGCUUCUUCACAGACGCACAUCUGCCUCCGGGUUCCACAAUUGGUACUUGCUGCUCACAUCCUCGAUCGCAAUGGGGGGAGUUGGGAUCUGGAGCAUGCAUUUUAUAGGGAAUCGGGCAAUCAUCCUCGGCGAUGGGGACAGUCACAUCCAAAUCUCAUACAGCGUGCCCUAUACAGGGCUAUCAUUCGUAUGCCCUGUACUGAUCCUGUUCACGGCUUUCUACGCCGGUGGGGCGAGUGAAAAGGCUGGUUACAUUCGCAUCAUCUCGGGCGGUGUUUUGACGGGCGCCGCGGUCUUUGGGAUGCACUACAUUGGCCAGAUGGGGAUUUCCAACUACAACCUCGACUACCACGUCGGCAAUUUUGUCGGCUCAUUCAUCAUUGCAAUCCUUGCAAGCACUGCGGCUCUGGGUAUCUUUUUCCGAUGGAAGGCUACAUGGACAGGUUGCUGGUGGAGGCGUAUUCUCUGUGGGCUCUUCCUCGCUGGUGCGGUGUCGGGCAUGCACUGGACCGCUACCGUCGGCACCUUAUACCGAGAUUACGACAAGACUGUCAAGCCGACAGGCCAGGUAUCUCGGAAUCAAACUGCCAUAAUAUGCUUUGUCUUUUCCGCGAUUGCCUGUGGAAUCCUAACAGGCUGUGCUAUAGUUGCUGGUGGGAACCGCAGACGACUGCGGACCCAGGCACAGCAGGUGACUCUCACGUGUGCUUUCUUCGAUCAUGCAGGGCGUAUCAUGGUCACGCCGCAUGCGCUUCUUCCCAGUCGGAAAGUGGUGGACCGGUAUGUUGGCAAGACCUUCAACGACGACGAUCUUACACGGACGCAUCCUGCUUUCUUGUGGGCAUUCCGCGCAAGCAGGAACUGGAAUUUGGUGAAAGACGUGGUGCCGUUUAUGAGAAGUCGGAUCGAGUCGGACGAGACUCUGAUGGAACACUACAUCUCCAAGGGGAUGGUCUCAGCGCAAGACACCGAGAUGCAACCGGACUUUGAUGGUCUGUUUAAACGACACUUCUGCGUGGCCGCACAGGAUCUCGCCGACGAGGUUCGCCAGCCGCUCCAAGACCUGGGGAUGCUGUACGACGAUGUUUUGGCGACGACCACCCCGCGCUCCCACUUGUCUCGCAUGAUGGGCUACUCCCGGCUCCGUACCAGCAAAGGACAGGUGAUGUUUACCGUGCGUAAACUAAGCAAGCAGGAUGCAUCACGGCUCGCAGGAUCUGGAUUCCGAUUCACGACAAUCGAGAACGUCACAGGGGUGCUUUCGCGUCGCAUCCGCGUCCCCUCCGCGACGUUGGGCCUUCAUCUGAAGGACAUGCGAGACUUCGCCGCCACAAGCCGAGCCUUUGAGCCAGGCAUUCAUCUCGUGUCGUUCGUUCUGCGGCCAACUGUUCGCGAUCGCUUCCAGGUCUUAACAGCGAAAGGCACAAGCAACCCCCUACCAUCAUCAACACUACAAAUCAAGCGCCUUGACACGCAGCACCUAGCACUUCUCGCACACAUGGAAGGCUGGACCAUGACGGCAUGCCUAAACUGGCUAAAAUCAGACCGCGCCCGAUUCUACAAAGACGUAGAUGACUUCCCUUCGCAGCUCAUCCACGCCAUAUCCUCCCUCAACGCGUCCCUCCCAACCGACGUCAACAGCGUCUCCAAAUUCUCCUCACGACCUCUGAUCGCCCCCUGCAGGGGACUCAGAGACUCCAACAGCACCAAAACCUGCACCCUCCUAUCUUUCUGCACCGUCGCAUCGCUCGACACCCGCGUCUCGAACCCAAACCUCACCUUCACCCCUCUCCGCCUCUUCCGCGUCCAGCAACAAGUUAACGACGGCGUCCCCGACAGCGACGACUUCACCAAAGAGCUGGGCCAAGACCUAUUCUACUCGACAAUCCGCUCAAACUUCGAAGCUCUCACCCCGUCGUCUCCCUCCUCCUCUUCUCCUUCCCUCUCUCCCUCCGCCCUCCGCUUCUGGCCAAAAAAGAACAAGAAGGAAAACAAAAACAGCAAACAACUUCGCAUCGAACCCAAGCUCCUCUCCCGGGCCUCGUCAGUCUCAACCGAACCACCCCUCACCCCACUAGGCGACAUCAUGGUCCGCAGGGAGAUUAAAGUCGACAUCGCCAGGCCCCCCGAGCCAGCAGCGGAUCUUGAGCAGGAACCACAGAUCCUGGAGACGACUGUUGUGGCGGGGAGAAUGGCGUGUAGCAAUUAUGUGGAUGAGCUUUAUAAUUUGUGUUAUUCGCCUGGGGUACGGCAGAGGCCGGAUUCGGGGUUGCAGCAUGUUCCUCGUUUUUAUUCUUAA